AACAUGCCUUUCUCGAGCACUCAAAAUUUUCUCUCAGAAAUAUGAGAAGCUUACUCUCGGCGUCUCGCUUCCUUUCCAAGUCAACAAUUGCUUUUACUCAUCAUUCUUUGCUUUUGAAUUCCCUUAGCUUCCCUCUCUGCUGUAAGUCCUCUCUGUCUUAUCGAAGCUUCACGGUUAUGGCUACUGCCUCUGAGGAGUUCGUUAAGGGAAAUGUUUUUCCAAACGGCGUCGCUGUAAUCACUCUUGAUCGCCCCAAGGCUCUCAAUGCCAUGAAUUUAGAUAUGGAUAUAAAAUACAAAAAGUUUCUCGAUGAAUGGGAAUCGGAUCCACGGGUGAAAUGCGUUUUGGUUGAGGGCAGCUCGUCUCGUGCAUUCUCCGCAGGAAUGGAUAUUAAAGGGGUUGUUGCUGAAAUUCAAAAGGACAAAAAUACGCCUCUUGUGCAGAAGGUAUUCACAGCAGAAUAUUCACUAAUAUGCAAAAUUUCUGACUACAAGAAACCAUAUGUAUCCUUGAUGGAUGGCGUAACAAUGGGUUUCGGAAUUGGAUUAUCUGGUCAUGGUUGCUACCGUAUUGUAACAGAGAGAACUGUUCUUGCUAUGCCGGAAAAUGGAAUUGGCUUGUUCCCAGAUGUUGGGUUUUCAUAUAUAGCUGCUCAUAGUCCAGGGGAAGGAUCAGUUGGUGCUUAUCUUGGAUUGACUGGCAAGAGGAUCUCUACACCCUCUGAUGCAAUAUUUGUAGGUCUUGGAACACACUAUGUGCCAUCUGGGAGAUUAGUCUCACUGAAGGAGGCCAUUUUGGCAACUACCUUUUCUGAGAAUCCACAUGAUGACAUCAAAGUACUUUUAGCUAAGUACAGCAAUGAACCAGAGUCUGAGGCUGAGUUGAAGUUGCUUUUGCCUCGAAUAAUUUCAACGUUUGGGGCUGGUAAGUCAGUAAAGGAGAUUAUUGAAGAGCUGAAAAAGCAUCAGCAGAGUGCUGAUGGCAAAGUGGUGCAGUGGGCUAAUGAUGCACUUCAAGGACUUGGAAAGGGUGCUCCUUUUUCUCUUUGCUUGACACAAAAGUAUUUUUCCAAAGUCGCAUCUGCCUAUGGAAAACCCAACAAUGAACUAUCAACUCUAAAUGGUGUGAUGAAAACAGAGUAUCGCAUUGCCCUAAGAUCAUCUCUGCGAAAUGAUUUUGCUGAAGGGGUUAGGGCAGUCUUGGUGGACAAGGAUCAGAACCCAAGGUGGAAUCCUCCAAGCUUGGAAGAAGUUGAUGAAAAUGAAGUGGAUUCUCUCUUCAAACCACUGAGCCCAGAUGUCGAGGAGUUGAAGGUGUGAGUUCAAGUGAAAUUAUCGUGUCUUGCUUCACUUAAAUAACGCGAGAAUUGGGUAGGAGAUAAGAGAUGGUUUUGCUGCCAUUGCUAUUGUAAACGAAUCUUUUCAUACUUUAGAUCUGUAAUAAUGUGGCUAAUCUUGUGGUUUGCUGCCAAAAUCGCUGAUUCUGAUGUUGCAAUCCAAACAGCCCGCCAACAUGCCAAAUAAAAUUU